UAGCAUGUUUUUUUUUUCAAGGGAGGUAAUACGUGUAGCCAGUGGUCAGUUUUGUCAGUUUGUAUAGCUGACCAGGUCUGGGCCGGGUGUCGGUUGUUAUUUUUGGUUCUUCUUUCUAAGGUCAUUCUCUUUGAAUGCAGAGAGAAGAUCAGAGAACAAAAGAACUAAACACACAGGCUCAUCAGCUGUAACAUGCCGCGCACUAGUUCGUAUCAGCAAUAUAUUUUCAAUUUCAACACUAAGUGUUCCAAUCUUGCAAAACAGUGUCAGGCUCAUAAUCACUGUCCCGAGAACGUUAGUUCUUUGGCGCAACAUGGAGGACACUUGAAUCUGUGCACACGUUUCCCAGACCCCCCUUGCACUGACGUAUAUGAGACAUUGUUCUUCAAUGAAGAUGAUCAAGUUGAGUUUAACGAACAAUGGUAUACACAGAAUCCAAUGAACACAUUACAAAGUUCAGGGCUCCAAGACUUUGCUUCGUUUAGUGUAUCAGCCAGAGCGCCCAAUAAUAGCAAUAAUAAUAACACCAGUUUCAAUUGGAAGACUAAUAAGCCGAGGUCUUCUAUUGAGAAGUAUUAUGCAAUGAUGAACGGUGUCAACCGAAACGUUAUUACAACUAUGAACAUCAAAGAGAAUCACCAGAAUGAUCGUUUUGCAAAUAUAAUUGGAUGUCAAACACCUAGUAGCCAGCAGUCUUUAAAUAGUAGCCAGCAGCCUUUGAAUAGUAAUCAGCAGCCUUUAAAUAGUAGCCAGCAUUCUUUGAAUAGUAGCAAACAGUUUACAAAUAGUAAUCUUGAAUAUACAAAUAAUAACCAAAAGUCAUUGGUUAGUAGUGAAAAGUAUUUGAAUAGUAGCAAACAGUCUUUGAAUAGUAUUCAACAGAUAGCAAUAGCCCCAAAUAAAAGAAAACAAAGGCCCAAUGGGACAUUAUCUACACAUCAAUCAAAGACAGACGUCUGUGGUCAAAAGCGUACAAGAAAUGAGCUUUUGCUGGAACAAUUAUUACUGACACCACCACUUUCUCAUAACAUUUUAUCAUCACUAGAAACUGUAGAUAAACAGAACGAAUGUGACAUGAAAAGAAAUCUAUCACAUUCUCAAAAUAUAACACAGGGCCUACCUUCGACUCAGACGUAUGGAAAUCUUGCAGAGGUAGAAGCCGCAGUUGUCUAUCAUGAAAUUGAUUUUGUAAAACCUUGCAAUCAAUCCAUGAAAUUACCUUUAAUUUUGCCACCUGAACAAUCAACCGGUUUGUCUUGCCAGGAGAGUCAGGUGGAGCUACUUAAAGACAUUUCAAAUGAAUAUAGUUCUGAUGAAGAACUUUCAGAAGAUACUAUCAUCAUUUUUGAUCAAGAAUAUAGUUUUGAGACGUCAACUAGCGAGUCUUUAGUGCUGGAUAGAAAUCAACAAGAUCUACCUGAAGAUGAGCUCAAUAGCAGAAAUCUCGUCUCCAGGGAAAUCUCUCAGCCUGCAGAUCGUCUUCCCACUUUGUCAUCUAUCUCUUUGUCAUCGACCGAAACUUCUAAAAGCCCGCCGCAAAACGAAACUAAAUCAAAGAUAAUACAGUUUUCAGUUAAUGUUGAAUCCAAAAGCCCUGAUAAUCUAGAGAAAAGCUCCCACAGCCCUUUUAAUCUAGACAAAAACUUUGUCAACAUAGCUCAUAUAAAUUAUGAUGAAGACAAAAAGUUUAGUGCUAAAGAAGGUGACCGUCUUUUGAACUCUUGGUGGACCGCCAAUAAAGAAAGUUUUCCAGUAGUUUAUUCCAAUGUAAACAAUGACAUACAUUGUAAAGUGGAAAUUGUCGACCCAAGCUUUGUUCCUUCAAUGACAAUGGUGACUACUUGCAAUUCUACCUCAACAGAAAUGUAUGACACAGCUACUUUAUCGGGAGAUAUAAAUGUUUCUGGCACCUCAUCGUUACACGUAGGAAUGUCCACACAAGCAACAAAAUCUGAGGCUAUGGUCAAACUUUUUGCUGCAGAGCAAAUAGCUGUAACAAAGUCCAGUUCAGUUCAUGAAACUACGGCUCUAUUACAUUCUAUCAAAACUGUAGAAGACAUUAAUGUAUCAGGAUUAAAAACAAGUGUCUCAAGAAAUGUUGUUUCAGGAAGAAAGUAUGUAUCAGAACCCAAAGCUGCAUUAGAUCAGACAAAGUUACUAGAAUCAAGAAUGGCGCCAGACCUAGCAACAGUAUCUAGAGAAAUCAGGCCAAUGUCGGUAGCAGGACUCGUAAAUGUAUCAAAGUCAUCAACCACACCGAACCCCGAUUCUAUACCAUCAUCACAAGUUCUACCAAGACAGACAAACCAAUCGACUUCUUCGGUAGUCGCACCUUUUCUGGUUUCGACAUCUUUUGAUUCUGCAUCUUUUGAAAAUCCUACUUCUAAAACAAUCACCCCAUCUAUACACAACUCCCAAACUGUGCCUACAUCGACAUCUCUAAGGUUGACUGCUGCAGAUAGCGUCGCAACAAGACCUACAGCUAUUAAGAAGUUCACAUCUUUAGUAAAAAACAAACCUAAACCAAUAGAUAAAAAGAUGACCAGAUCCUCAACUAGGCAAAAUCGACAAUGUGCAACAUUUAACUAUACUGGUCUUGGAAAUAUUACUCCAGGAAAGUCUAAGGGUAUGGUAUUUGAGAACAUUCUACCAAUGACAAGCAGAUCAAGGUGUCAAGCUGUACAAACUGACACCUUUGCUGUGAAGCCCACAAGCUUAGCAAGAAAUACAGCGGAUCAUAAUAAAACCGUGCCCAGAAGAAAGUCGAUGGAUGUCAAGGCUGCUAAACUGAAGUCCAGUUGUCUACAAGCAACUACUUACUCCUGCAACUUGUGCUCGUACAAAUCCAAUGAGCUUCGGAACUUCCGGUGUCAUGCUCAGCAGUGUGAGGCCAAGGAAGGGCUCCUCCCUGUUGAAGUGGACAGUUGGCGGUUAAGAUGUAGAAGAUGCGGCUACAUCAGCUCCGGACAGGAAGAUCUAACCAAUCACUUUAUAAAGCACCAGUUUCAGAAGCGCUUUCUGUGCGGCUACUGUGACCAAGAGUUUGACCAGAAAGUCAAUGUUGUGGAGCAUAUUUUGAAGGUGCACCAACAGAGUAUCAUUUUCUACGACAGAGAGGUGUACGGGCAAUUUAGUUCCUAAUAUGUAGUCUUGACAGUCGGCUUCUACUAGCCUUUCUGCUAACUUGUAGUCAUAUUGUGUAUGUACAUGUUCAAUAUUGUAUAUGGUUGUUAUGUAAAAGUUUUCUGUUUAAA